AUGGACUGUAACUGCGGUAUCGGCUACAUCAGAAUAGACGGUGAGGUUCGUAUAAACCUUGUCAGCAGGUCAGAUCACUUCUCGUCGAGACAGUGGUCACAUACAACCGCCACAAUUUUCGCGACAAGUCUUAACUCGCGGCACCACCCGUUCAACGGCCGACGCUCAUCCAACCGUGGAGGAGCAUCGGACUGCGCACCCUUUAUCCGUUAA